UGCUUUUAGUGUGAGCCACUAUGGUGGCCUUCUUGUUCCAGCCCGUCCAUCGCUUUAGUAUUUUAUUAUUUUUAUUUCCCCAUAAGAUAUAAGUCGCUUUGUAGGGUGGAGUUAAUGUUCCGUGCAGCUGAUAUCAGAAACUUCGGUAAAGCGGGAACCAGCUGGCACUUUCGCCGGACAAUGGACGAGUUGGUCCAUGAUCUGGUGUCAGCGCUAGAGGAGAGUUCGGAGCAGGCCCGUGGGGGGUUUGGGGAUGGAGGGGACCACGCCCUGGCUGUGGGCUGCUUGCUGAAGCGGCAGGCACGUAAACGCCGCGGCCGUAAGCGCCGUUCCGACAACCCUCACCCGCCUUGGGACACAUGCCAUCUGAGCGAAGGUUCCGAGUCCAGCCCAGAGGAGCAUAAGGACUACCGCUCUUCGUCCUCCGCGGCAGCAGGGGGCGUUCACGCCCGAGAAAACAACAGUGACUCUGAUGAGCAGCUGGGUGGCAAGCGACGCCCCCACGACUCUGGAAGGGCCAAGCGGUUGCUGUGGCAUGAAGAGCCGGCCGAUGCGCUUGGAACAAGGAGCUUACGCAGACGGAGGAAAGUGAAGCGCAUGGCUGUGGAUCCACCAAUAGAAGUUGCCACUAUGCUGGCGCCGCCUGUUCCUAAACCAGCAGGUGGCAGCAGCAGCAGUAGAGACCCUUGUAGGGAGGCGGAGCUUGGAGAGGAAGGGAAAGGAACCGAGGCAAGCAAGGACAGGGUGAAGAAGAGGAAACUGGCCGCACCCCGGCUGGCGCUGGACGCCACCGAUGAGGGUGUGGUCGUGGAGAGCGAGGAGGCGGGGCAAUCCGGAAAAGACAAAAUGGAGUUUGAGGAGCAUAAGGGAUCAGAUGAGGAGAUGAGUGACAGGUGUGAAACUAGCAGUGUGAGCAACAGCAGUGAUGGAGGUUUGUACACCAAUGAUGAAGGAAGGCAAGGUGAUGACGAGCAAAGUGAUUGGUUCUAUGAAGGCGAGGCGGGCGGGGCUUGUGGAAUAGCGGGUGUGGUUCCGUGGUGGGAGAGAGAUUCUAAUGAGCUGGAUCUUAAUGAUCCAGUAUUUAACAGCAUCCUCACUGGAGCAUUUCCACUUAUGUCACAGGGAGCACAACGAGGAUUUCAGGCCAGGCUUGCCCGACAGGCCUCCCUUCAGCAGUCUCAGGCUGCUUCUCAAGUAGCUGGAUGUUCUGACCGACUGCCCAGAUUAUCCCAGGACCCUCAUGCUCAUGACCCUUGGUUCAGUCCUGGAUCCAGACGUGAACAGUGCCAUUGGGACUCCAGAGCGGACCGAGGUCACCGGAGGAGCUGCUCGUUAAAGACUGCCAGCAGGCAGACCAGCGGUCACCUUGGAUCACUGUGUACAGGUGAUGUGAAGAGAAGACGGAAAGCUGCACCUAUGGGUGCCCCCUCAUCUACAGGAGUUGUGGGAGAGGGGGCAUCUCCCAUCCCAGAGUCCAAUGUUGGUAACCGGAUGCUGCAGAGUAUGGGCUGGAAUCCAGGGAUGGGUCUGGGCCCUGAAGGCCGGGGCAUUACAGAGCCUCUGCGUGCCACACAGAGGCCUAAAGGCGCCGGGCUGGGCUUUAACUGAGCCCCAGGUUUCAGUGGGAGCAGGAGCCGAAGCCGGAGAAUGCUGAGCUGCAGGCCUCGCACAGCAAAGAGAGAGACUUCAGAGCCCAUCAGCCACUCCACUCUCUGUUCUGGGCACCCACUGCAGCAGCCAGCCUGCAGAGGGCAGCUCGGAGGCAGCACCAGGCACAGGCACUUAACGAAAGGAGGAUAGAAAGACAGUGUGGCGAAGGGAAAUAAAAUCACAGACUGCUUUCUCUCUCUUUCUUAGAAUUCUAGAAUCCUAGAAUCCUAUGCAGUGAUCUUGCAUAAAGGAUGCCCUCACGCCAUAGACGAGGCAAGAAAACAACCUUCAGAGUGGACAGAACCUUCAGAACAACCACAUGUUUUAGCGGAGAAUCGUAUUUGUGCACAUACAUACACACGGUGUGAACGGCACAGUGCUUAAGGCUAAUGAUGGAUAAAUUAGAUUUUUUAUAUAUAUAUAAAUACAUUAAGAUAGUAAUGCUAGGUUUGGAAAGGGAAAGAAAUCAAAUACCUGAUUAAUUUAUGAUCUGUUUAUAUUGUAUUCUUAUCUCUGGCCAAGCAUUAGUGUUCUAAGCGAAUAAGCAGAAUUUCACAGUCAAAUGGGUAAACUGCAGUAUGUUUGGAGAAAUCGGUUCUGUGUUUAAUUUUUGACUUUGUUGAUGAUUAGGCUAUAUUUCCUGAUCUAACACAUAUUGCCAGCACUUGGGAUGAAGGUCAACACUCUGCCCAAGCCACCCCUAAUGUUUUUGUUUUAUUGUGAUUAUUUUUUUAAUGCUUUGUGUUUUAUUUCUAUCAAGGUUUUAAAAAUAAGUUAGCCAAAUGUGAUGGUGUCAUUUUUGAUUGUGUAAUGUUAAGUUCUACAGCUUGUGUGUAGCAGCCUGCCCUGUGACUUCUUUUUUUUCCCCUCCAUCUACCGUGUAGGAUUUCUUCUGAUGAGUCAGAAAGUUCAAAUGUAUUUAGACACCUUUGCUGCUGACACAGGUCUUCAGUUGUGUGUGCAGCUUGCAUCAGCUUCCAUGAAAAGCAUUGCCAAAAUAAUGUACCAGAACAACAGUAGCCCCAGACAUCAGACUCUGUGGAGCAGUGGAACUACAUCCAUACCAGAUAUUUUUUGGUAAUAUCGUCCAGCAAGGGUACUUCUCACUCCAGAGAGAUGGUCACCUCAUAUCCUAUUCGCUCAUUAUUGGGCCGGUAAACUGGCUGAGGGGAUUUUAAUGUAUGAUUAAUGCUCAGCUCGAGUUGAAAAUGAGAACAUACAGAUUUGCUGAAUAUCUCAUUUAUACAUAAUGUGUAAGUGUAGCAGCUGUUGAGGGAUGACUCGAAGCUCAGUAGUCCUGCUCAGUGACUUUACGAUUUAUUUACGCACAUGAUAAUGUCUAAGCCUUUUUUGUUUGUAUGUUUUUGUUUGCACUCCAGUGCUGCCGAAAAAUUAAUAUGUGCAAAAAUCUACAAAGCUACUGAUUAUAUGAUAAAUUUGAGACGUCCAUUUUGUUGUGUGUUUUGCAAGACAGGAAAACAAUGCCAUACUUUAUCAGUUAUGUGUUGCCAUGUUGAAUAUUGAAAGGGCACUAGGGGUGAUUUAGCAGCAGUAAUGAAGUAUAGGUAUACAGCUCUGGAAAAAAAAGAAGAGACCACUUCAGUUUCUGUAUCAGUUUUUCUCAUUUUGAUAUUUAUAGGUAUAUGUUUGAGUAAAAUAAACAUGGUUUUUAAUCAUCACAGUUUUCAUGCAUCUUGGCAUGUUCUCCUCCACCAGUCUUACACACUACUUUUGGAUAACUUUAUGCCACUCCUGGUGCAAAAAUUCAAGCAGUUCAGCUUAGUUUGAUGGCUUGUGAUCAUCCAUCUUCCUCUUGAUUAUAUUCCAGAGGUUUUCAAUUUGGUAAAAUCAAAGAGACUCAUCAUUUUUAAGUUGUCUCUUACUUUUUUCCAGAGCUUUAUGUAGAUAAAUGUGUGUGGUGUGUGUGCACACUGAUCAGUGUCCUGAACAGUGUGUAGUAGCUGCCAUUGUAAGAACUCAUGUGUUUCGUUGUAUUUUAUUUUACUUUAUUUUCUUUCUUUCUCUCUUUUUUUAAGGUAACAGUUUAGAGCAAGUCACAUAUCAAAACCCAGUGGCUGAUUUGGAGUUAUAUGUCUGGACUGUUGUUUUUUGUUUUGUGUAUAGAGAUUUUAUACUUUGAAACUGAAUUAUCAGACCAUGUAUUGCUGUACCUGAAAUCUAAGAGGAGGGCUUAUAGAAGUGUAGCCUGGCUUUGUUAAGCGGAGUGCACUAUUGACCCACCCGUGUCUGCAGUGUAAUUGAGGUAUUUCUAUACUGUGGUUGCUAUAACACCGAUGUACUAGAUUCAGCUCGGUGCUAGUUUCUUGGUGCCUAAAUCAGACCAAAGAGGUCCCACUCUCUGUACUCUGUAUUACAGAGUUCAUACGUUCCGUGAAGAUGUAGAAUGUUCUCCGGUUCAACACUCUGCUGGGAUUUUAGUUUCUGCCACAGUUCUAAACUUUGCUGAGAAACUGGAUUUCUAAAAUCUGCAUAAAGGAUUAUGAAUUUUCUAAGGCUCUGGGAUCCAGUGAGGUUCUUGAAACUCCUGAGACUACAGAGUGGUAGCAAAUUUUAGAAUCCAUUAAGGCUUCAGAACAUUUUAGAACAUUUAGAAUCUGCAGGACUUUUAUUACCUGCUAGAGUGCCACACUUUUCUCUUCUAGGGUCUGUCUGAAUUUCCAAAUAUGCCUAGAUUUAAAAAAUCUAGAGUCUUGGAAGGUCUCAAGGUCUCUUCUGCAGUUCUGGGGUCUGGUGAGGUGUUUUCUGGUGUUCUGUAAUCUUCUGAGGUCUCAGUGUUCUGGAGUUCUUUAAUUUGCUGAGGUGCAAAUAUAUGCUAGAGCCCUAGAACAUGUUGAAGCUCCCAUGCUUGAAUCUGUCAGCAUUCUAGAAUCUGGUCCAGAAUCCUGCUAUAAUUCAUGCAUUUUCUGAGGAGUUGUGGUUUAAAGUGCUAAAGUUCCCGAAUUGCUAGAAUCUGCUUGGUUCUCAAAAAUGUUGUGGAGUCCUAGAAUCUGCUGUGGAUAUAAAAUACGCCAUUGCUCCUCUGGGAUGCUUGAAUCUUCUGGAGUUCUAAAAUCUGCUGGGAUUUUAGUAUUUACUGGAGUUUUAGAUUUUAAUCUUCUAGCAUAUGUCAAAUUCCUGAAUCUGCAUAAGUUCCAGAUUUUAUAUUCUAAAAUCAGGUCUCAACAUUUUCUUAAUUUCAAAAAUCUCGUGAUUUUGGUCAGAGUUCUAGUACCCUAUAUAGCCCCAUCAUCCUCUGGGAGGCUUGACUCUGAAAAUCACAUCUGUUUCCAGAAUUCAAUCAAUGUCUCUUAAAGUUCUAGAAUCUAGAGUCUGAGCUUCUAGAGUUUUAUAGUACAGAAAUUUCUACAUUUCUAAGUGGUAUCAAAAUGCUCUGGGGUUCUUCUUGCUCUAGAAUCUGCUGUGGUUUAUUGACGUACCAGUUCUACAACCUGAAGAAGUUUAAGCAUCUUUUGCGAUGCUUGAAUCGCUGAGACUGCUGGAAUGUGACAGGGUUGUAUGAUCUGCUCUAGAGUCUGCUGUGGCUAAAAGAGCCUCUGAAAUUCUAGAGUUUGUUGGAGUUCUAGAACCUACUAGAACUCUAGAUUCUGCUGAGGUUCCAGUAUUCUUUGGGAUUCUUCGGGAAUCUUCCAUUUUUCAGGGUUCUAUUGAAUCUGCUAAAGCUAUAGAGGCCACUGAGGUUCCUGAAUCCUUGAGCCUACAUGUAGAUCAACAUAAGAAUGCUGUUCUGGCUGAGAAUUUUAGAGUUGUCGAUUUGUUCUGGUUCUCGAUAUUUGUCGAAAUGGUGAGAUACGGCUGGGAAGGGUUUGCCUUUAACUAGAUUAUUGGUAAGGUUUUGUUCUGUGGUAAUGGAAGCGAAGCUCUUUCUAGCUGAUGUUUAAAUUAAUACAAAUAAAUUCAGGAAAUUUC